UCCCAGCGAGCAGGAGGUGGCAGAGGCUGAGCUUUCCCUCCGCAGGCUUCCAGGCACAGCCUCCAGUGCUGCCUGAGCCACUGACAGGGCUGGGGAGAUCCUCCUCAUCCUCCUCCUCCUCCUCAGGUGAUGGACUAACAGGGAAACAGGCAGCAAGAUGAAGGUCAAUCACAGCCUGGCCAAGGCGCUCUACGACAACAAGGCCGAGUGCUCGGACGAGCUGGCGUUCCGCAGGGGGGACAUCCUGACGGUGCUGGAGCAGCACGUGCCGGGCAGCCAGGGCUGGUGGCGGUGCUCCCUGCACGGCCACCACGGCCUGGCCCCCGCCAACCGCCUGCAGCUCCUGUCGCCCGGCCCGGCCCGCAGCCAGCGCCCCGCGGAGCCGCCAGCGGCGCACAACAUCUACCAGGUGCCCUCCGUGCCCUCCGUGCCCUCCGUGCCCUCCGUGCCCUCCGUGGCCAAGGCGGCGGUGCUGUCGGCCACCUACGAGAAGAUGGAGGGCUGGGUGCAGCCCCCGGCCAUCCCUGCCCAGGCCGUGUACCAGGUGCCGGCCCUGGCGGCGCAGCUGCUCAGCGAGAGGACCAAGCGCUCCACGCAGCAGCACCUGUUUACCCUCCCAAGAGCCUGCCGGGCUUCAGCCCCAAACAUCAGGGGGGAGGUGUACGACGUCCCCUCCCCGCAGCCCCGCGGGUCGCUGCUCCCACAGAGUGGUGCCACCCCCCCCAGCACACGGAAGGGUUCCUUGCUGGGCAGAUCCACUGAGAGCUUCCAGGCAGAGCAGAAGCAGCUUUACAAGAUCCCAUCCAAGCCAGAAAAAGCAGGAGCUGGCAGCCAGGACUCACCAGCAGGCAACUUAUAUGACAUCCCUCCCAAAAGAGAACUCGAUGACUCAGAAAAUAUAUCUCAGAAGAAGUGCUGGGGCCAUUACAACACUUUGCCGAACCCUCGGAAGUCCGAAUGGAUUUACGAUAUUCCGGUAUCCCCUGAAAAUUCCGGAUUCAAACCAAACCCUCCUGGCCAGUCUGUGGAGAAGCAGGUGCUGUAUGACAUUCCCCCAGCCAGGUACAAGGCUCCAGCCACAGCCACCGAAGGCAAGGCUGGAAAUCCACAGCUGUAUGACAUCCCACCGAGCCAGAGGAAAUUAACGCUUCCAGAAAUCCCCCUCUACGACGUUCCAUCCUCACGGGACGUGCUCCUCCUGCCACAGAACGGCAGCUCGGAGGUGCCCCCGAGCCUCCUGGCUGCCAAGGCUGAGAAUCACGUCUCUGUGGAGAACGUUUAUGAUAUUCCCAAAGGUUUGCCCAAUGCGGGGCACUCCAAGAAAGAGGUGGAGAACAACAGUGAUGGCUCUGGAGGCCAAGCACACGGGGCUAGUCCACAGCUCUCUAGGGACGCCAAGUCAGAAAAUGACAGUUUGUGUGUCUCCAGUGUGGACAGCAGAAGCAGCACUCUCUCCUCAUCCUCCAGCUCUUCAGCUGAGUGGUUUUCUACGCUGUCACCAUCACCAGAGCCUGUCCAAGAAAUCAAACUGGAGCUGGAAGCAGCCAUCGAGACCCUGACUCGGCUGCAGCACGGCGUGUCCAGCUCCAUCGCCAGCUUAAUGAUCUUUGUGAGCAGCAAGUGGAGACUGCAGGAGCACCUGGAGAAAAGCCUGGAGGAGAUCCACAGAGCAGUGGAUCACAUAAAGGUGUCGCUGGGAGAGUUCCUGACCUUUGCUCAAGCUCUGAAGGGAAAUGCCUCCAACCUCACUGAUAACAACCUGCAGGCCAGAAUUAAGAAACAGCUGGAAAUCCUCAUGAACUCCUACAAAAUAUUGACAGAAACGAGGGAAGCUCUCAACGGCUGCAGCUGGUCCCUGGAGGCUUUGGUGCUCAAGAAGCCCCAGAAUAACCCUGACGACCUGGAUCGCUUCGUUAUGGUGGCCCGGACAAUUCCAGAUGAUAUCAAGAGAUUUGUGUCCAUCAUCAUCGCCAACGGGAAGCUGCUCUUCAGGAAGAACGAGAAGGAGCAAGAAAAGAAGCAACAAAAAGCGAACCCAGAAUGCAAAAUGGCAAAACAAAUCCCAGUGCCAAGAAGAGUAGAGAUUGAGUCACUCCAGAGAAGCGCUCCUGAGAAAUCCAGCCAAAGCCGGGUCCCUGUGGAGAAACCAGACGAAAAUUCCACUGAGGACUGUGAUUAUGUGCAGUUACAGGUUUUGCCCUGCUCAAAAAAGACUGAAAAUCCCGGCAGGCAGGAGCCUGCCAGGAAAAUCCCCCUCCCGGAGCACUGCAGGCUGUGCUUCGCCGCCCUGCACAAGGCCAUCGGCGUGUUCACCGCCAGCCUCAGCAACCAGCAGCCCCCCGAAAUCUUCAUCUCCCACAGCAAACUCAUCAUCAUGGUGGGGCAGAAGCUGGUGGAUUCGCUGUGCCAGGAAACGCAGGACAGGGAGGCCCGGAGCGACGUCCUGCACAGCAGCAGCCGCUUCUGCAGCCUCCUCAAGAACCUGGCCCUGGCCACAAAAACCGCAGCGCUCAAAUAUCCCAACGCAGAGGCCACCAGGGAGCUGCGGGAGCAGACGGAGGAGCUGGCCAAGUACACCCAGCAGUUCAGAGCCAUGAUGGACUGAGGCGCUGCUCCCGCUCCUUUUGGCACCAAUUCCCACCGGGAAUUCCCCGCCAGGAAUUCCCUGGCUGAACUGUUAGCAGGUGAAGAUCUGUGCACUCAGAAUUCCCACCAGGAAUUCCCUGGAUGAACUGUUAGCUGGUGAAGAUCCCUGCAUUCAGAAUUCCCACCAGGAAUUCCCUGGCUGAACUGUUAGCAGGUGAAGAUCUGUGCACUCAGAAUUCCCACCAGGAAUUCCCUGGCUGAACUGUUAGCAAGGUGAAGAUCUGUGCACUCAGAAUUUCCACCAGGAAUUCCCUGGAUGAACUGUUAGCAGGUGAAGAUCCGUGCACUCAGAAUUCCCACCAGGAAUUCCCUGGAUGAACUGUUAGCAGGUAAAGAUCCCCGCACUCAGAAUUCCCACCAGGAAUUCCCUGGAUGAACUGUUAGCAAGGUGAAGAUCCCCGCACUCAGAAUUCCCACCAGGAAUUCCCUGGAUGAACUGUUAUUAAGGUGAAGAUCUGUGCACUCAGAAUUCCCACCAGGAAUUCCCUGGGUGAACUGUUAGCAAGGUGAAGAUCCCUGCAUUCAGAAUUCCCACCAGGAAUUCCCUGGCUGAACUGUUAGCAGGUGAAGAUCUGUGCACUCAGAAUUCCCACCAGGAAUUCCCUGGGUGAACUGUUAGCAAGGUGAAGAUCCCCACAGCACCUGAUGCAGAAGAAUUAAAUCUGCACUUUCUUCUCUGCUGUUCACAUCCUGCCUGGGAACGUCAUUGUCACGGUGGCUGGGUGGGAACGUUUGCUGUGUAUUGGAGCAAAAGUUGUUGAUUUUCAGACUGAUUUCUUAUUUUUUUGGUUCUUUAUGUAUGUCUGAUAAAUGUAUUUUCCUUUUUAAUUGUUUUAUCUAUUCCUGUAAAGUCUCUUUUUAAAUGUAGCUGCACAAUGUUCUGUAACUUAUGAUACCCCAACAUCGAUUGUUUCCUGAGGACUUUAC